GCUCACAGCUUCGGAGAAACCAAAGCACGGCUGUUUUGUGCGACUAUAAAAUGUGCGGACUCGCCCCCAAACGAACAUAAAACGACUGAAGCCUAAGCAGAGAAGAGGAAGUGGCGCGGCCGAUCGAUGGGUUUGAAGGAGGAGUUUGAAGAAUAUGCCGAGAAAGCAAAGACCUUGCCUGAAAAUACGACCAAUGAGAAUAAGCUGAUUCUCUACGGUCUCUACAAGCAAGCAACUGUUGGACCAGUUAAUACUAAGUUCACCCAGGUGCGCGUUGGUUUCAAAAAUGGGUCCAUACUUGAGCCAGCCCUAUGUUUUGCAGGUCGCCCGGGUGUGUUCAAUCAGAGGGACAGAGCAAAGUGGGACGCUUGGAAGGCUGUUGAAGGCAAAUCAAAGGAGGACGCCAUGAGCGACUACAUCACUACGAUCAAGCAGUUGUUGGAAGAGGCUGCAGCAGCUGCGUAGACUCCUCCUGUCCGAGUGCCAUCUUCUAGUGAUGCAUUGAUCAAUUAUCUUCUGAACGACAUCAGUAUUUCUUUCUUUCCCCGUGUAUUCACAUCUUCAUCUAUCAAAUAAGUUAUGUUUUAA